AUGCCGAACGCUCAACCCACCAGUUCCGACUCUGCCCAUUCUGUCAGAACCGCCAGUGACACCGGAGAACAACCCGGAAAUCGCACUCCCAUUGGCGACAGCCAACCUGCUUCGAGCUACCAUAGCGGCAAUCCCCCGACCACCAGCGACCAUAGCACCAAGGGCAACAACGCCAGUAGCACCCCCGUGGAUGGUCACAGCGCCGACCGCCCACCCGAUUCAAUAUCGCGGAGCGCUGCUUCAACAUCCUCGACCGAACAGCUCCUCUCUCCGCGGGUCGUCACCGUCAUCAAUGGCUCAAAGGACUUUCCCAUGUACGCAGUACCAAGCCGUUCAAGCUCGAUGGAAGUCCUUCUCAGUGACAGCGACUGGGAUGACGAUGGAACGCAUUGA